AUGAACGUAGUGUUUCAAUUCUCUUUGAUUCUAAUCAUAUCAUAACAAACAUGUAAAACGAUUAUUAUAUUAUUUACAAUACUUAUCCAAUUCCAGACUUUUUAAAAUACUUUAUGUGCUUACCUAAAUUAUUAUUUAUAAAUAAAAACUUCGUAUUAGGAUCGAGCAUAUGGUUGGUUAAUUUUAAACUAAGUAAUUAAAAGUUUAAAAUGAGUGCAAUAUUCAACUUUCAAAGUCUUUUGUCUGUAAUUUUGCUGCUAAUUUGCACAUGUGCAUACUUAAGAUCUUUUUUUCCCAGCAUUAUGGACAGAAAAAAAACAGGGUUACUUGGAACAUUCUGGAAGUGUGCAAGAAUUGGUGAGAGAAAAUCACCUUAUGUCGCCAUUUCUUGUGUGAUAAUGGCCUUUACAUUAUUAUUCUUAACAUAAAUUCAUGUAAAGGUAUAUCUGUAAUAUAAAAUAAGAAAUAAAACAAUAUAUAUUUUA